CACUGCUCCGGCGAAGACCGACACACACACAUCCGCAUCUCACCAUCUAGUCUGGUCUCUCCGACUCCGAGUAGAUCCAGGAGUAUGUGCCCUGCGCCGAGGCUGAUUUUGAGUUUCACCGUUGCACCUUGCCGUAGUUGCAUUGCUUUGGAGUUUGGUUUGGAAGCGAGGAGACGAGCUGAUUUCUUGUUGCGGAAAACUAAGUAAGUGAACUAUCUUGACUGCAAGGUGCUAUAUCGGAGGAAGCCUAGUCGUACCCGAAUUCGAGCGUUGCCUGAUACAGCUCCACACCAACCGCUAGCGCUAGCAUGGGAGAGAGUUCGAGUCCAUCGGCACCUCCAGGUUACGAUGCCACCGCCAAUCCAGACCUGGAGCGUGGCGGGGCACCGCCGCCAUCCUAUGACAACUUGUUUGGGAGGAUCAAGAACACGAAGUCCAAAUCCAGUGGUCUGCCGGAUUUCCUGAAGAAGUUUGCAUAUGUCCUAUGCUCAUCUAUUGCUUGCACGAUCGUGUCCUGCAUCAUGCUGGGACUACCCAUAGCUAUGAUUGUGAUUGGUGCUAUCUACAAGAAUGACUGCGAGGCGCAGAGGUUCAUUCCGAUCUAUUUGAUUGUGGCGGGAUCGUUUGGAGUAGUGCGUGCAUUAUGCUGUGCUAAGAAGGGACUGUCAAAGGACGACGAUGAGGAUAGUGGUGCUGACGGUAAUGCAAAGGACUGUGGUGGAAUCAUAGACAUUUUCCUGUUUGCCUGGCUAAUCUGUGGAAGUGUGUGGGUGUACAAGAUCUACAGCCAAGUCCAGCAUGACAACAGCGAUGCACUGUACUACUGUCAGGCGACAGUGUACAAGUUUGCCUUUGGUGUGAUCACUGCCUCUUGGUCACUUUUCGGCCUGGUCCUGUGUUGCGGCUGCUGUUUGUGCAUCUAUGGUAUUUCUAGUAGUGACUAGGACACCGACAUGCAUUGCACACAUACAUAUCCUAUGUAUUGUGCAUGCGACGACCUUGACAGGCGGUGCACCAGUCCCCACUCAGUCUACCUCCAUUCACUGAGCUCUCAGCUUCCUUGCUCUUGUGUUUUCCUGCUUGAUGUGUGAUAGUACUGUAGUAGUUUGUAUCUGUGUCGAUUUGAUACCGUAUGCCGGCACUCUGUCUUGCUUGUAGGCGUGUUCAUGCCAGUAUGCUUCUGACAUUCAGUGGAGUGUCUUAUUCUUCUCACUAUAUCAGUAUCUAGCUAGCAUUCUUUUCAAACUACUUUUUCUUUUCUUUUCAGAAGUCGAUCAAGUGCGGGUAGUGUAGCUGUGCCUAUAGCCUGUAGCUGCACUCAGUGCUUGUGUACAUUCAAAAGCACCAUAAAAAUCGAUCAGAUCAUGCUCACGACACUGCCUGUGCCUGUGCCAGAUUGCUUUGUGCCAUUUGUGCAGUACACAAUAUACACAUGCUUCUUGGAGCCUCGUGAACUUGUCAAGCCGCGUUGGUCAGCUUUACCUAGACAACCAAGGUUACAUCACUUCUACACGACUUGUUUUGUUUUACUUGAUGUUUGCUUAGAGAGCGUGGGACUCCAGGUAGUGACUAAUUUUCCUCUCCUUUUGUAUGAUUGUUCUCGUUUUUUUUUAAUUAGUUCUAGCUUCAAAGUUACAGAUGUGUCCAUCUUGUUCCGAACAAGAAUAAUUUUCCUAUGUAAAAAUGCACUGGCUAGAACUUGG